AUGUCGUGGCUGAGAUCUGCGGUGAACAAGGCCGUCGAAGUGGGCGGAAAGAAUAACAUCACUCGGACCGUCAAGAACUAUGCGGAUACGGUCGUCCACCAUGCCGGCCAGGCCGUCGCUGGCGGGGCCAAGAUGCUUCAGGAACGCAUGGUAGUUUUGUCUGAUGCUAGCUGCUAGAGUUUCCUUCCCUUCCUUCUUUUUCUCGCGCCUUUCGUUUACUUCAUGAAAUUCCCGCUUGCCGGUACGGCAGAAGCGUGUUUUGAGUUAGUUCCAGGUUCCGAUUUGGUGAACGACAGUCGAUUUUAUGUUCUAAACUUUUACAUCGUGUGAGUUGUGCUCCAUGAUGAAGGGUGGGUUCGUACACAUAUCGAUACUCGAGUUUUAUACUUCCUCAAAAUCUUCUUCGGUACAAGCUCUAGAUUUGUAAAUGUCCAACUGUGAACGAAACACAGGACAGCCUCGUACAAUGAUUUCUCACAGUCCUGCGUAGCAAUUUUCGGGAAUAAGUUAAUGAUGGGAAAGAUGAUUGUUUUAAACCUCGGUACUUCUUCUAUCACACAAUCUUGUACAUGUCGGACGACGAUCUAAAAUUUCAAAGGAAUUAUACUGGCUAUUGAGUUUAUGAACGGUUCUAUAAAUGUAGAAUCUAACUGUCUCAAAUUUAGAAUCUGUACUGUCUGUGAAUAUGGUAAGCGUUUGAGUUGAGAAAUGAAAAAAAAUAGGAUCAUCGUGUUUAUAAUAAGUAAUAAACAAUGAAAUAACUUCAUCGUGCGUUCCUUCAUUUUAUGUAUCUCCAUCUUCAUUGGAGUUCUAGAAUCAGAUGUUAGUUGUCAUGAUGCUGGGAUGUUUUUUAAGAGGGGUGUAAUUCCUUGAGAUGUUAAUCCAGGCGAUGACUCAAUGUAGUGUAUGGCUGUAGGGAAUUUUCAUGUGUCCCUCUCAGCAAACGAGUGUAAAAAUAAGAGAUGGGAUUGUGCCGUUAUUUAUGUAAAGUAUGACAAAUUUGGUUUAGUAAGAUGCCUUAAUUAGAAUUUUGACGUAUGAAAAUUUCUACUUUAUGGCGAUUCAAUAUAUAGGUGGGUCGAAACUACAAAAGCUUUAAACAAACGGUCAAGAGGUUGGAAGAAGCAGCUGUUUCGUGCAGGGGAACAGAGAGAAUUCAAUUGCUGAGGAGAUGGUUGGCUGCUUUGAAAGAGGUUGACAGAAUAGCUUCUGGUUUAGUGGAUGACAAAACUCUUGAGCAGCAUCUUUCUUCUGAUGGGUCCACCUCCCCAAGAAGUGCCUCCUCCGUAAGUAGCUUGAAUUUAUUUUCUCAUCUCGCAUGAUUUGACAGUGUAUUGUGCAUUGAAUUUUAAAGAACAGUUCCAACUUGUGAUUUUUCAUUGUUUAUAGCUUAGAAUUUAAUGUGCAUUUGACGUUGGAGCAUAUUGAACAAUAAUGAAAUGCGUAUUCUCUAUUUCCUUCUGUUUGUUUGUGAAAUGAAAUCCAUUCCCAAUGCCCAAAAAAAUAAUGGAUUGAGCAUUUAAGUUUGUAUGUAUUGUUGAGACGAGGUGUAAUGCUUUAUAAGCUAACAUAUCAUAUUUAUGCUAAUAGCGUGCCCAUUGGCACGACCAUACUGACGUUGAAAGGGUGGAAGUGUGCGUAUUGGCACGCCAUACAUCUCUUUGAAACGGUGGAAGUGGUACUUACUGACGUUGGGGUUCCAAUUACAGAUUAGGAAAUGAGGUGUCACUUGUGGAUAGUAUCUUUUCUUUGUUUUUAGUAGUUUCAUUUUAUUCAAAUGAGUAAGUGUGUCAAAGUGCAUUGAUUUAAAAUGCUUACUCUUUUGUGUUCAAAUCAAUGUUGUUGUGCUUUGGUUGGUGGGUGUGGGAUGAAAGAUUAUGUUAUACUUUUGGAACUCUAAGGUUUCGCUUUCCUAUUAUUGUUGUAGCAGGUUCUGUUCUUUGAUUCCGACCUUGGAGGUGAAGCAAUGAACUUUCGAGAUGUAUUUCUUCAUAGUCAGGCAUUGGAGGGCAUUACGUUGUCAAUGGUAAGCUUUUGUAACUUAAUAGUUUUUGAUUUAGCUUGUGUUUGGUUCGCUGGAUUUUAUAAUUGGUUGUGCGAUGUCAAUGAUAACCAGUCACCGUGGUGUAAACCUUGUUGUACUUGGAAUUUCAUGCACAUGGCUUUCCUCCUUGCCAAAUCAGUUUUUCAGUUUUACAUGCGAACAACGUGCUAAUCAUUUGAAGGAAUAUUUGGGCUUUUCUUGGUUCGAGAAUUAAUAGAUAUUGGUGGAACUAGAAUAAUUAUAUUGAGAGUUAGCAAGAUCUGUGUUAAUACAUUCCGGAGCAAUGGUCGAUUUCUAAGAUGUCUCUCUCCAAGCAGAUUGUGUACGCUUGUAUAUAUUAGAAACUAGUGUUGCACUCUCCAAUGGCAUAAAUGCUAGGAAAUAGCGCACAUAACACUAACUCAUCGUCGUAUAUUAUUAACAUGUGAACGGUGUUCAUUUAUACAGAAGGUUCAGAGGACCCACCAUAAAUGAAUGUUAUCCAAUUCACAGGCUAAGGUACAAGUAUAAAAUUCCGUUAUCAUCAAAUUUCAGACAAUGAUUCACUUAGGUCUGAUAGGACAAUCCAUUACGAUGAUCCUCUAGGAUAAGCUCAAAGAUGUUUGUUCAUGUAGGCCACAUACAUGGGUUCAUUUUGGCUGCUUGUGAUGCAUAUUGCCUUAGACGCAAGCCAUAUAUUAGUACAGUGUAGUCCAGGGUUCAUGAACUCACUGACGUGAGACUAUCUGAAUGCCGUUUCCAUGGCAUUACUGUGGCUCCUAGACCAUUACACCAGACUAGAAAUGGCUAGGGUGCAUAGUUAGGCACAUUCUUCUUUCUACGCCGAUCACUUUCACAAAUUGUUAUACCAAGGUUCUACAAUGGAAGGUUUAGAAAUUAUGUAAUCCAUUGAAAGAACAUUGUCUAUCAGUUCCACAGAGAAAGCAAAUGUUUCAGAAUGCAUAAAACAACUAGGGUUUGGGCUGAAAUUCAGUUGCCGUUACGCAUGGGAAGACUGUACCUGUGUUUGUCCUAUCAGACCUACAUGGGAAGACUGAAAUUCAUUUUGGCAUGGGAAGUUGCCGUUAUGCUUUGGACCAAGUAGGCUUUAGAAUUCGGUUGAAUUCAAUGUAAAGUUCCCUCACUUGGUAUUGUAUGGAGACUUGUAAACUAGAAAAAAAAAGGAUCAUAUUUAAUUGCGUAUGAAUCAUUUGUGUUGGAUUCAAAAACUUUAUAUUUCCUUCAGAAAAUUUCAAUCGUUCAUCUCAACACCUACUGACCUACAUACACGGCAUAUAUAAGUACAAGAAAUGUACUUAACAUACACUUCGGGUAAAUGCUACCAAACAAUGCUGGAAAUAAGUCCUUUAGGGCAAACAAUCAUCUCUGUGAUAUCUUUCGUAGCUCAUCAUUGGUUGAUCAUAAUUGAACAUUCAGCUGGAACUGCAGAUACCUCAGCAGAAGUUAGAGAUUUCUUUGUUGAUAACUGUUUUAGACUUAAAUGUCCUCACACAGAGACUUUGAGCUGUAGUUUCAAGACCAUUUUCUUCAAACUUUUAGCCCCUUGCUUGGUAUUAUUAUGAUAUCGUGGAAUGAUGCAAAAACAGGAGUUUUCAUGAAAAAUAUACACAAUGUUGUAUCAAUUUUUGAUUUCCCAAUUCAUCCGUCGGAAUUUUUCCACAAGAAAGGUGGAUAUGCGGAUUUCAUCAAUAGUCAAGAUAGAUACCUUCGAUAAUGUCCUGUAUCUUAAGAGGACAUGCAUAUCUAAACAGUCAAAACAGAACAAGAAUGUUUUUUUUUUUCCGGGCUUCUUGAUUCUAUUUCAUUGAGGUGAAUAAAGAAGAGAACGACAUUGCUGCUAUAGGAACGCUUUAGGAGCUAAUCUUAUUCUUUCUCAUAUUUCUGAAUUAUAUAUAUUGGCUAUUCCGGCUGUAUUCGACCAGUAAUUCAUAAAGCUCAUCGAUAAGCUUUUUGAACUUUGAAUAAAAAUGUCUAUAUCUUUCCAACUAAGAUUACCUGUAGGGCGAUUAGCAUCUUCCUAUUUUGCACCUUUACAUUGCUAAACCCUCAAAGUGUGGUAAUAAAUUACUUUUUAAAGUAGAUUUCUUCUCAGCAUACUUUUGCAACUGUACAAUAUUUCAUAAAGCCUAAACAUCUUGGCUUUUGGAAGACUCCAUGCAAUAGCAUUUGUGUGCGGGCGGCCAGUAUCCGGCCUUGCUGGAUAACUGGCACUGGGUGGGGUUUACUUCCAUCAUUUCAAAUUUCUCCGUAUUUUUUAUCAUGAACGUUGGUACUCUUCGGUCAUUUAAUACAGUUUUUAACUAUAUCUAGCGUUUUUUAGUUCAUAUUGCACGGUCUAUUGGAAAUUGUUCGUGCUUGUUUCUUUUUUCUGGCUGAUAGAGGCUUUGCUAAUUAUUAAUGUCACCUUUCUGGCUUUUUACUUUUUUUUUUGGUCUUGGUGUUCAUGAUCGAAACUCUUUAAGAAAAAGAAACUUCAAGCUUUUUUCUGUCUGCCAAUAAUGAGGGUAACAGCAGUUCUUUCCUGUCGUUCAGAUUCUUGAAGCACCAAAUGAGGAAGAAGUUUCUCUCCUCCUUGAAAUUUUUGGGUGAGUUCCUAAGAGUUAAACCUGUUUAGACCCUUUAGAAUUUGGUGUUUCCCUUGUGCCAAAUUUCGUUAUAAGGUGAAGAUCCUGUGAUGACGAUUGAGGUUUUUAAAAAUGUCAUAAUUUUGAUAUAAUAUAAUACUAAGUACUAGUACCUGAUAAAGGUGAGGAAGUUCUCUUUGAGCAGCAAUUAAUUAUGGCGAAUAACUUUCUGCUUUUCAUCAUUCUUGUUUCUGAUCGUGUUUGUUGAUCUUUGCCUGAGCUCUUUGUAUCAGAAGUUGGUUGAAUUUUAUCUCAGUUGGUAGUUAUUGCAACUUGUGUAUUUAUGGGAACGAUUACAUAAUGACUUUUCUUUGUUAUCUUGUUUAUUUUCAUGCCUCGACUUUCUAACUAAUGGUAUUUACACCAAUCUGCAUAUUAUGAUUGACAUGAAAACACUGAAGGCUGUUCCUGAGACCUAACUCACAGUGUCUGAACACUGUUAGUGCAUACAUAGACACUAUUAGAAUUCCAGGUCUACGCAUGCUACGAGUGUUACUACGGAUUUGUGCGAGUAAUAGAGCCCAAAGAAGGGCACGGAAAGAAAAAGGAAAAAACUUGGAGAAAACUGUAUAAGGGAUAUAUAACGUUCUUUCUCCACUCCCUCAGAAUCAUGGGACUUUAUAGGCUGAGAUUUUGCUUACGAGCUCUUUGAAACGUGGAGUUAUUGAGAUUUGCUGAAUAUGCCACAAGCUGCUUAGGGGAAGAAAUAUAAUGUAGGGAAAAUUGCUGUUGCUGGCAAAAAGAAUGAUAAUGAAUUUUUAUAUGUCUGGUCUGCUCAUAGAACAUAGUCUUGCUGAUGAUUUGAAGAACACUUUGAUUAUCACCAUAGAACACAGUGGGAGUUGAGGAAGCUAGGCCCAGAUCUCAAAGAAGAAAAUGAAGGGAGAUUAUGUUAGCAGAUAUAUCAACCAUAGCACAGUCCUUGGUCGCAAUGCUAAAAUAAGAGGCCUUGUCCAUAGCCUCCUUUUACUCGUAUAAUUGAACUACCUAGAAAUAACUUUGAAGUUCUUGGCAGGUGAAGUGCUGCAAGGAAAGUUAAGGCUCUUGUUGCUAAUCCUGUUGUGUGUUACUCGAAACAUUGGGAGACCAGACCAGGAGGAUGUAUGGUAUCUAGCAAAAUCUAGAUGCAUCAAAACCAAGCAAAGAAGCCUUGAAUAAAGAGUUUGCUUAAAGAGUGGGCACAACUGUCACAAUAGAGUCAACAUGAUAAGCAAUGGGUACCAUAUAUGGAAGUUGAGAUAACAACUUACAUUAGGAAGGACGCCAGUGCAUGGAGUGGUGGAACAUCGACAUAAACCCUUGGUAGUGUGCAAGGUGGACUUCAGACCAGCAACCUAGAUGGCAGAAUUGCCAGCAUCAAUAAACUGAAUGCCCAUCUUGAGAACAUAUAUGGGAAACAUAGUGUUUGAACAACACGUUGGAAAGUAAUUUCGUAGAAUCAAAUAAACCGAGCAAAUGCAAUUGUUGCAGCAAAAACCUUUGAUGGGUAUAGUGGAUGUGGUGAUGUGGAUGCCAUUCUACUGAUUUAUCAGAGCAUUUUGGGUCUAUAUCCAUUUGACAUUACGUAAUAGAUCGAGCAAAUGUCUCAAAAGUAGACAUGCCCGAUUAAGAGGGGAAGAGAGGAGAGGGACUGUAUGGCGCUGAUAUCAUGUUGCAGAUAGAGGAACUAUGGAGAAUUGGAAAGUUCAAGAACCAGAAGAAUGCGGAAAUGGGGAAGGCUACACUUUAAUUGUCUUGUCCUCUCUUAACAAGCCAUAUGAGGAAAAUCUUCCUAGAGUAUGUAUAAAGAGAAUGUAUAUGGAUGAAGAUCAGGAUGCAUGAAACUCGAAUGAGGAUAGAUUGGAUGAUGCAAGCCUUAGAAAGCUGAAGAUGAGCUAAAGGUCAUGUAAAGCUUAAAAACUGGAGGAGAGAUUGUGGUCUAUUUAUCUUAAUAAAUUAGAAAGAAGUUGCUUAAAUAUUAUUUGGUGAGUAAACUUCAUCAAAGUGAAAUAUGAAAUACAAAUCUGGACUUUCUUCGAAGAAAACAUUAACUGAAGCUUGAUGUGGAUAGAUGAAUUAGAAAAAUGUCUCCUUCCUUGUGUUGCCCGCAGAAGUGGAUUGGAAACAUUGCUAAAGGUGCUUGUUUAAGAGAGUAGUGCAUCUAUUGGCGCCCCAGAGGGAAACCAAAUUUGAUACUGGUGAAGGCCAUUUCACAAAACAUUUGGGACAUCUACACCAUUUAGAGUACGACCAUUGCUUGAAUGUUAGGGGUUUCAGUAAAAGAAAUGGAAAGUGGUUGUUUCUGCGAUUCAAUGCCAGUUCUUGGUAUUUCUAUCCGUAAAAUUAGUCUUCCUCUAUGUAGUUAUUGACGAGGACCACUUCUGUUCUGCAUUGUCUGAUUUGCAGACCAUGCUUGCUGCUGUAUGCCAGUUAUCAAGUUGAGGUUUCAAAUCCUUAGAAAAGGAAAGCUAGACAAGAAAAUUUUCAGUGAAGUUGCAAUUGUAUUCAUCUGCACGUAUAGGAUUUCGUCCAAGUCAUAGUAGUCAUAGAGUAAAACAGUUGUAUUUUUUUGUGGCCUGCUUUCUGGAGGACAACUAAUCUCUUUUUAACUGAUUUAGUUUAUUUAUGUAGAUCUCCCUUGGCAGUUUUCCGCUAAUGCUACAACAUUCAAUGAUUCUGAUGGCUUUAUACUUAUGUUUUUUAACUUCAGAUUUCUUUGAUGGCAAUUCGACGUGAUGAUUCUUUUGGAUUGUUUGCAGUUUCUGUUUUACAGGAGGGAAGGAAGUUCAUAAUGCAGUCAUAAGUAGCAUUCAAGACUUGGCAAAAGUGUUUGCAAGUUACGAGGAUGAAGUUUUGGUAGAGCCAUUAUCUAUCACAUCAAAAAAAUAUUACUUGCGGAAAUAAGUUAAACUUUUUUUGUACUUAAUUUUUUCAUAUUAUUUGAAAUGGAAUCAGUUUCAUAUUGCUAAUCAAUCUGAGGUUGUGCUUCCCUGUAUGCUGUUGUUACAUAAUUCCUUGAUUAGAUUUCAUUUACUCUUUGAUUUCUAUGAAAUUUUCACGUAUGCUCUUAUUAAAGGGUUUGUGCAAUUAGUUACUUUUAAAGUAAAUACACAUAUGAAAUAUAAAUGAACAUAACUUUUGCAGAACCCGGAUUGUUUAUAAAGAUAUGUACUAUCUGAGCUUUAUGAUGUGAAUGUCAGAAAGGUAUUAGAGAUGCAUGGAUGGAUUGAUAGUAGUGCAUUUGCUCUAAAGUGUGGUGCUCUAUGUUAGUUUUCAUCCUCUCAUCAACACUGUACUUAGCCUCAUUCUUCCUUUUCUUCUUUUUAGGUUGCAUGCUCUUUUCCUAUACUGAUUUUCUCUUCUCAAAUUACUCCCCACCAUAUGCUUGUUUUCUUCUUGACUUUAUUUUGUUCGUGAUUUCACUCUUUCUCCUGUUUCUUUCCCUAUUCAGAAAGUUAACCUAGCUUUUGUUGAGGAUCUGAACAUAUUGUUAUCUCACGUAUUGCUGGUGUCCAUACCUUGAUCAAAAUGAAAUUUAUGUGUCUAGUCAUGUCAGCUAUCCAUUAUUUUAAAAUGCUUUGGUCAAAAGAAAGGUUGACUAUACAUUGUUACACAUCCAAGAAUAUUUAUUUUUUAGUGUUUUUUUUAAUUUAUCAUAUUCAAUUUUUUUUUAUUUGCCUUCAAAUAUGUGCUCAUAGACUACCUUUUCACUGAUCUUGCCAUCAUGAGGUGUCGCACUAGUGCUAAAAUUCCAUAGGUAUGUAUCCCUAUAGUAUAUUUUGGCUAUUUUUUCCGUUCCUCUCUUAUGUGUAUCAUUCAUUGUCCACUUGCUUCGUGACAUGGCAUUUCUUGAAGUGUGAUUUUUGACUUUUGGGGGCUUCUUUGUUGUCAUUUGCCUUCACCUCUUCAUAUUUUCUUUCUAAUACUACUGUUGCUCUGGAAUUAAGCUGCCUAUGAUUUUAGUGCCGGAAAUAGUAAAGAAUUCACGUUGAUUCUCAUAGUGAUAAUCUUUAAAUUUAUUUAUUUUUACUUUCUAGAUAAUCGCAAGUUCAAGAAUGCCGACUACUUUUAUAUUCCAAAAAUAGCCCACUGGUGAAUGAUUUAACAAAAUCAGAGAUCAAUUUGGGUAGAAUAGUUUGUAUUCCAUUCGGAACGGAUCACUGGAAAAGCUGUUUGUUAGGAAAUAUUGCAAUCAUCAGAUCUAGUAUCUUGUUGAGUUGUUUUAAGGAUAUUGGCAGGCGUAGUACUCUUACUUUCAUAUUUUAUCCAAAGCACAGUUUAAGUUUUCCAGUCUAAGCAUUCACAUUCACUGUCUCAGAGCUUCACAUGUGAAAUUCUAUUGUGAGGUUUAAGCCAGUGAUACAAUGAUGUUAUUUUGCAUUGGAAUUGCCCAGAAGCUUUUAAUCUUGAAGGAUUUUUGGCCUAAGGCGUAUGCAAACAACUUUAUGCAGUAUGCAUGGUUAACAUUUAUGGCAGGUAUGCAACUGUCAUGGCAAAAAGAGGUCCAUAUGGAAUCCUUUGCGGUUGUGAAAUGAAUGGCAUUGGCUGGAAAUGGGAGCAUAGAUCGCUCCCUUUCUGAUGUGUCGUUUAUUUUAAAUUAAAAUGGGCCCAGGCUUGGAUGGAAUAUUUGAAAAUUCAGUUUUGUUAGAUAACCUUUAUUUUCUGAACAGUUUAUCUGAUGUGGCUUCUUGUAGUUUUCGAGAUUUCAAGUGGAUCAUAAAACAUCCAAAAAUCCUUUCUCAUUUUCAGAAACUUUUUUGAAAAAUUGUAAUGCGGGUGGAGCUGUGGGAGAGGAAAGGAGGAAGAAGAAGAAGAACUUAGCCUAAUUGAUGUUGGUCUAUGUUGUGCUAUAGCAUCUAGACGUUGAAACCUUACUGAUUACGAUGUUAUCUGGCUCAAAUGUCGGCCACUUUAAUAUGCCCUUACACUUCCCUUUUGUUCUUCAUUUUCUUUUUCCUUUGCCUUUGAUGGUGACGGUAGUAUCCAUUAAACAUUUCCCCCUUGGUGGUUGACCUGUGAACUUUGGAGUGUGGCAGUGGCUUCGGAUAGUUAAGGCAAUUGGGUCUCUGUUGACAACUACAGUAAAUGUUGAACGCUGUUAAACAUUUAUAGUUACAUAUUCUUGGACAUAAAAAUGUAUUCUUUUGAUAGAAGUUUAAAGGAAAGAUAGAUUCAUUAAGGUACUCUGCUCGGACAAAGACCUGUUGUUUGCCAACUCAAUUUGCGGCUACUAAUGGUUGGUAUUGCCACCAUUCACUCUCUUACAGAAGAUGGUGUUUUGAACCCCUGUCCUUGACCUAAUCUCAGUCUAUUGAUCGUGUGGUUCGCAAAGUGAAGUAAUUGACCUUCUGAUGAUUUAAAGUAUGACAUCAGAAGAACGCCCAAUGACCAGGUCCAGUGUGAAGGAUGCCCCUCCCUAUGAUUCCUCGCGGAUGAGGCUACAUUGGUGGUUAUGUCAUUCGUACUUCGGAUCUCCACGAUGUCUACACUUUCUGCAGAGCCUCUCUUGAAAUCGGCUUGCUGCCAAUGCCGCUGCAGAGCCUACCUCCUGGGACGGUGCGACUGAAUAACAUUUACUGUGGCAAUUGCUGGGCCAAAGCUAUUGUCUAUUUUGCUUGUAUGGACCGGUACAUCUGACUCUCCUAAAUUUCACGUAGAAGACGUCUGUGCUGCACCCAUAUGUAACCGCACUCUGAUUUUUCUGAUAAGCAGAAAUAUCUGGCGUUAGCAUUCCAAAAACUUCAGUUCAUAAUGCCAUGGGUGAUGUGGGCGAUUUGUGACAUUAAUGGGGAAGAUGGUGAAAAGGAGCUUUAGUGGGGAAUAACUUUGAGAUCGCAGCGGACAAGAAGAAAAGUAAGCUCUAAAAAAUGACUUCAUAAAUGAGCCCCAUCCAAGGAGAGGAAGUUUUAUGGGAACGAACCCCACUGUUAGGUGUUUGAGCAGUAUUUCAAUGAUCUGGUGAGUGUGGCGCCCCAAAUAGUAUGAAACUGAUGCAUGGUCUUGAAUAGGUCUGAGGAUUCAUAAGGGUAUCGUUGAAAUUCUAAAGGAUUUUAACAGUUUCUCAAGGUUUUUUCAUUAUUGUGACUAGGAUAGGAUACGUGGGGUUUAGUUUUUGUGGGAAAGUAUUAGAGAAAUCAGCAUCCUAUUUGGAUGCUAUUUUUAUAAGUUAUUUUCAAUAAUUGCAUACAGGGAAAUUCAAAUGAAGCUUCUGUGGUACCCUGUUUGUUCUUUCUUUUUUGUCUUGGAGAGAAAUUAUGUGGAAAUAUAGCUAUCAACCAGCUAUAUUGUGUGGAUCAGAAUGCUGGACUGCUAAGACAAAGUCCUUUGAGCCAGGUGACAUUGCUGAACUACUGAGUUAUAAUGGGCGUGUUACUAUGAGAAAAGACUGCAUGGGAUGGUAGGUAGGGAUAUGAUGGAAGUUUCAAUAAUAGAGGUAGUUUAAUUUGUGACGGUUUAGAUGAAGACAACUAGGAGGAUGGUUGUACUCACCGCCGUUUCUCAGGGUGUCCCUGAAGGAAUAUGAGGCCAAUAGAGGUCGAGUGGAACCACUGAGAAAACGUAUAGAACUACACAUAUUAUUAUGAAUGAGGUAAGAUGGUAGGAUUGCAAUCAAAGUCUACUUCCUCAACCUUGUUGGCAUUUGGUAGUCGACGAUGAUAAAAGCCAAUCCAGAUUCGACUUAAAUUGUGUAAUUAUCUUUUUAUAGAAGCAAUUUGACUUUUUGGAUCUAAUUCUUUUGUUGUUGAAACUUCUUACAUGACAUGGGUGUGGUUUUCUCUUUUCUUGUUGACAUUAUUUUUUAUCCUAUUUUCUUCUUCAAAUUUCCCUAAGUUUUUAAUUAUAUGUAAUUUUUUAUUUUGAAUCUAUGGCUUAUCCUCAGGUAAAAAGGGAGGAAUUGCUUCAGUUUGCUCAAGGUGCCAUUGCAGGACUGAAAUUAAAUGCAGACCUUGGAAGGUUGUUGAAAAAACUUAUGUUUAUUUUGCUCAGUUUUGAGAUUCAAAUAUAUGACUUCUGCUAAUAUGAAAAUCAUGAAAAUUUUUUGUUGGUUAUUUAAUAUUUUAUCUGAAAAUUAUUCAGCAAAAUGAAAAGAGAUGUCCAUUGCUUUGUUCUGAAAAAUAAGGGAACAAACAGAAUAUGGAGUCCUUUGAAUUUUUUCUUACGUUGAAUUUUGUGAUUAUUUUUUAUGUGUGAUGGCAAUAUUUUGAGAAACUUAUUUUUAAUAAGAUUUUACAUCCUCUUAUAAUAUUAUCCUAAAUUUUAUCCGAUAACCGAAUUAUAACGGGAUAUCUCUCCUUCCAGAUCUCUACACCUUUUUAUCUAUCGUUGGAAGGUACUGACUUUUUAUGCAAUAUUCUUCUUGAUUGCAGAAUAGAUGCAGAAGCUUCAGCACUUCGGCAGAGGGUUGAUGGAUUGGAAGUUCAGCAAGUAGAUUCAACUGAUGAUCAGUUCAGAACGUCUGAAAAGACAAAUUUAAUAGAUAUAGAGGUAAACUAGAUGAUAACUUGCACAACCAUAACAUGUCUUUUAAAUACGGUGCCAUAGAUUGAGUCUCCCACAAUUCAAAUCCUUUACUUUGUCUCGUAAGUUUGUUCAUUAACUUCUGUCUGUCUUUUGGGCAUUUAUUUCACGUGCACAUAAUGUUUGAAAUUCUGCUUUUUAAUAAUUUCCUCCAUCUUCAAUCUGAGAAAAAAACUAUUCCCCUUUCUCACUAGGCCCUGCUUUAUCUACUCUUAUCACUAUAGUUAUGUCUCGAUAUUUGCUUAGGUCAUUUUUUGUAACUAGAAACUGCUUGGCAUUUUGAGAUACAACGGAUCUUCUUGAGAAGGAGCUUGGUUUGAGCUGUUGACCCCGGGUAUCAAAUUGCCUUAAGAUGUUGGAUAGCUUACUGUCACUUACUCUAAAAGGCUGUUGGAGAUAAAUAUUAGCCAUGCAAUUAUCUAUGAGGGCAUGACUUCAGUUGAUGAUUUUGCUUAUUAUUCCAUGGCGAUAUUUAUGAGACUCGGAUGUUUAUAAUAACACGUGUACCAAGAAAUGUGUCAGUUGUCUUUAUAGUAAGAAAGAAAAACUGUUAACGUUUUGUGGCAUAUAAGUUACUCAAAUAAGCACAGGAUUUUUAUGAGGGUUCGUGAGAAAUUUUAAAGUUUUACAGGCACAUAAACGCUGUAGAUUGAGAUAAGGACGAAUAUGUUGAGAAAUCUUCUACCUUACUAAUUACCCAGUAAUUUAUGUCUAAGGGACAGUCCUCAUUGUAUGCUGGUUUCAGAAUCUCAAUUCGUUUAAUUGAUUCUUCUUUCAUUGUAUUCUUAGGUUUUGAAUGAAGCACUUGCAGAAGUUCGGUUAUGUUCCAGAUUGGAGGGCCUCUUGCUGAAGAAAAAAUCUAUAAACAGCGGAGAUACUGUUGAGAUCCAUUCUCAGAAGGCAAGCAUAUCUCACCUCUUUUCUCUUAAACUUUCUGAAAUUCAUAUAAAUAUGAAAAUCCUUAAUUUUCACUCUGUUCUCUUGUCUAUUCAUGUGAUUGCCUACUGGUCACUGGUCGGGUGCGCCUGUUGUUUAGAAAUUUUCUCUCUUGAAAGGUGGUAGUGCAGCCCAAUGUUAAAUGGAGAAAGAUCCAAGUGUUAGUACCUUAGAGGCACACAAUUUAUUCAAUAACAGUAUUUGCCGCAUACUUAUAAUCAUGUAUCUGAUAUUGCUAUAAAGUGAGCUGCGUUCUUAAAAAUAAAACCCUUAUACUUUCCGGUGUAUAGACAUAAAAAGGAAUAUCUUAACCAAUGCUUGUCUGAUCGGAUCCACUACUUUUGCUGGUAUCUUUUGCAUAUUUUAAUUUAAGUCUGUAAAUUGCAGCAUUUGCUUUGGUUCCCACUUUCUUUUCUUCAUUGACGUGAUGAAGAUGACUGAUAGUAUUUACAUUCAUAUAAAUUAUCAGAGAUGGAUUGGAUUGGGAUAAUUAUGGUAGAUACCUUUUUCUGACAUCAUAUUAACUUUGAUAGUUAAAAUCAAUACGACCAUAGAUGGGAUUUGGUGAAAUGUACACUAUCCAUAUUAUUGAUGGGUUCGGUUAAGUGUAGCAUAUUAUAAAGGAAAAACGAAUUAACUGACACGCACCAUUCCAGAGAAACCUCCUGUCAACUUCCUAUGAAAACUUAUAAACUUCAUAUAAAGAAAGUGAAUGACACACUUUACACAUCACAGGCAGGUUGGAUGUGCUCCUUUCUUUAUGGAAAGCCUUGCAUUUCCAUGAUAACAUUCCCUUAUUGGUCUCCCUGGGGAUUAAAAAAGUUACAACUGGGAUGAUUGUUAUACUGUGACAUUUUUUACUACCAUUCAGUCUAUUCUUAGCCUUAUUUCUAGCAAUAAGCAGGGUAAGCUUUAGUGCUUAAUUUAUUGAAUUACCGUACGUUUCUACGCAUAUUUUUAUCAAAUUCCAAUAAAAAUAAAUACAACGAUAUUUUUAUGAAGAAAGAAUUUCGCUCCUAUCUUCCCAUGAAAAAUGAUCUACCCAUUAUUAUGGUGGCCAUUUUUCAACACACUGGCCGUUUGAGGGCUAGUCAGUCAAGCAAUUUUGACUGUAUGCUGAAUCAAUAGAGCACAGUUAACGUCUCUGCACUGUUGCAAACCCCAUCAUCAAAUGAGAGCGAUUAGGUGGAGCUGGCAGUAUAAUUUUUUAUGCUUCAUUAUAGUCUAUUUGAAAGACAUCAUUCUGAGAAUUCACAACGAUUAAUGUUUUUUUGUGAGGAUCUGAAUUCACAAAGGGAGCGCCUUUAAUAUUUUGCAUCUUUGACCAAAUUUAAUUCAGGUUGAUAAGCUGAAAGUUCUGGCGGAAUCUCUUGCAAACUCCUCAGUGAAGGCAGAAAAGCGCAUAGCAGAACACAGGUACGAUACAGUAGUUUUAUAUCUCAUAUAUUUUCCUUGUAAUGCUUAUGGGAGGGACUUCUUUUGGUCGAGGAAUUCCUUUUUGCCGUGAGAUUAUGUCCUAGCAAAUAACAUGAGAUAACAAUACACAUAAAAAUAGUGGGGUGACAGCGUAUCAAGGCAUGACAUGAGUGACAUUAAUGACAGAUACCCUGCAGUUACCUAAAAAGAGGAUCCUGAGAGAGAUUGCAACUCUCUUUUCUUGCUUCUUCAUCGUUUCCCUCCCUUUGUCUGUCAGUGACGCCAGCUCUUCUAUCUUUACCCUCCCUCCGAUUUUCCUUUUCAACUCUCUCCCUCAACUCUCUCUCACUUUGUCCCCCUAUGCGACUCCCCCAUCCCUCUGCACACUCUCCUUCCUCCUGCACGGAUAAUUAUGUAUCCAUGUCCAUUCAUUUAUGUACUUACGAUUUUUUGCCCGUGUUUACAUGCCUAUCCAUUUCCAAAUAUCCAUGGACAUGAAUGCACAUACGCUCACAGAUUACCUAUAAACUUAACCUUUUCAGGCACGUGUGUAGGAUAAAUAUUCAGAGAUUCCUCACAUUGUUCACAAUGGUUGUCAACGAUGACAAUCAAACCCGCCAAGGAACAAUUAUUUAAAUAGCCCUUGUGUGGUUUUGGAGGAAGAUAAGCAAUGUUUGUACGUGUGACAGUAUAGUUAAUACAUGGGAACAUUUUGGCAUAUGGUCGUGAGCUUGUCUUGCCGGAUGUUUGUUCAGUCUCCUGCAUGGCCACUCAAAUGCUUAACAAGCAUGGCUACAAUUCAAGACUCAGCAUGGCUAGGAGAGAUCCACCUAUCUCGUGCUAUAGAAAUGUCAUCACUUCCCUUUCCCUACUGUGAAGUGCAGACAUAUUAAAAAGUACACUAAAUCACAGACUCUUUGACUUCGAAUCGUAGGUUUCUGUCUUUACAGACGUCACUUUCAUUGAAAUAUCACUUUUCCUUUUCUUUUUCCUUUCUUUUCAUCAGCUAACACUUUUCUACAAUCUUUUUUUGUGUUUGGAAACAGAACUCAGAAGGAAGAAGCACUCAACUUUCGUGUCACCAAAGCAAAUGACGUGAGCGAGAUUGAGAAGGUAUGCUACUGGUAGAGCAACAGAUACGAAUAUAUAAAGUAACAAUUACCUGUUUUGGCAACAUGAGCAUGAGAAAUGGUUGAGAUUUUAAGCAGCUUGCAAAUUCUUUCGAGUAUGCGUCUUGAGGCUACAACUUUUGUGCGAAGACCACAUGGUUAGAAAAAGUAUGGUGGGGGUAAUAAAUUGUUUGCCAUUCUCUUACCUUUUACCGGGCAUAUUUUGAUACACUGUUUUGUAACAACUGUUUUUUCCUUCUGGUACUUUCAUAAAACAAGAAAUUGAUCAUCGAGAAAAAUAAUAGACCCUUUGAAUUUAUACCCUUUGUACUCGUCGCAACCAUUGGUUAUGAGGGUCGCAGUGGUGUUGUUAAAUGGUUUUCUGAAAUUUUUUAUUGUGCACAGCACUGCAUUUGUGUCAUGCAUGGGAUUUACUGGCGCAGACCGUUCUGUAAGGGUGAAAACGGUUGUUUCACUUAUCUGAGUCAUUUUCUUGACUCCGUAAGGGUUUUCUGAAGUCAUUUUUGCAAACUUUGUAAGUUGGUAUCUUUAAGAAAAAUGGAUAAACAGAUGAAAUGGUUUGUUCGGUGACAGUUAUGAGUAAAAUCAGCCAAGUCGUGGAAUGAAAGACAUUUAUCUCUUUGUAAAUCACCAGUUUCUGUUGACAGUAGCUGUGUUUAUAAAAGUAAAUUUGAAGUUUCUUGAUAAUAAAUAAUACCAUAAGUCAUCCGCAUUGCUAAAAUAAUGUGGGUGGAUCCUUGUCCGCUCUGUUUAUCUUCACAUUCUUUUUUUCUUUUUUCUGGAUUGACAAAUUGAAAUGUGGCUUGCUGUCUAUACUUUUAAUCAUUCCUUUGACCUUUCACUGAUUGGAAAAAAAAAAAAAGGAGAGGGAAAGAGUUUGACACAGCCAAAAAAAGUUUUGUAGGCACGAGAGUUGUUUUUCCUGUUUCAUUUAUGCUGUCUGUUUCGAAGGCACUCCACAUUUCUUUUUCAAUCAGUGAAUGUCAUCGUCCUUACAACUGAGAAAUGUUCUGUUAAUUUUCAGAACCGUAUGCUGACCAUUCUCACUUGAAAAUCAGAGCUUGUUGUGUAGAUUCAAGUUGAGAGAGGAGUAGUGUCUCUUUAUGGGCCUUCACCUUUAGUAUUCAUUUGAAAACAAGUUUUUUUUUGUGCCGCAUGCUGCGGACUGUUAUUUGGUGAUAUCCCUCUACAUAAUUUGCAUUUGUGAUGCAAGUAAUAUCGUCUACCCUUAUUCCUGUGCAGAUGCGAUUCAUCCCCGUGGACCAUUCAUUGUUUUGUGGUUAUUGAUGGGUUAUGUUUUUCGUAUAUUGUAGGAUCUUACAGCAGAAAUUACCACACUGGAAAAGCAAAGAGAGGAAAUCGAGGCUGAGUUGAAGAAGGUAUAAAUUCCCGAAUCAGAAAUUGUGCAAAAUAAUAUUCUCAUCAAUGGUCUUCAGUUAACAUCUGAAUCACAGCAAAUUUGAAUACUAUCAAGUUUUUUUACUUCAUACAGGUAAUGAAGUUCAUAUUUUCUAUUUCAAGCUAAAUUAAGCUCAGAAACCGGUUUUGUCAUACUCCAUUCAAAAUUGGCAUGUGUAAUGCUGCCGAAGGGGAAGGCAACCUUAUUUUAAUCUAAGUUUAGCAAUGGUUAUUCAUGUUAGUUUAUAUAUAUAUAUAUACACAUGCACCCUCAAUUAUGGUGGGCACAUCUACUUGAGGAAUUUUAAUGCUACAUGAUGUUUACAGUUUCCUUGAGGAAUUGGUUGAGAUGUCUGAGGCAUUCAAUAAAAAAUAUAUCAUUUCUGCGAAUUGGCAGACUUAAUAAUAUCUUUUUAUUACAGUUUGGACAGUGUGAAGCAGCUAAUGUUCUUUUCUUAGAAAACUUUGGGGAAAGUCAGAGGUGUUCUAGUUUUGUGGACAUUCAGAGGAGAUCAUAAAUGUGGUCACGUAUGGCUCAAUUAGCGAAGUGCACUUUGAUGGCAGAGGCUAAUUGUCCUAUUUCAAGAGAGUUGCUUUUUCUGUUGCAUAGGCUUUAUGGAUGUAAAGUUUCCAAUUUCCACUCUAGUUGCAGCUGGAAUUAUUAGGAUCAUAGUCAGUGUGAGAGAUGCUUCUUUUAAUUAAGUGUGUUUUGCUAAAAUCAUGAACGUUACUAAGCCAUGUCUUUUUGAAAUUCACUUUUAAAUGCCUCAUACAUCCACCAUAGUGCAUGAGUUGGUAUUUUAUGUAGAAGUUACCAUCAAGCUGUCAAAUAUCACAUCAGAUGGGUGAGAUCCAUUGAAAUUCUUCUUGCAACAUAAGAUAGGAAUAGGAAUUCUUUCUCAACUGAUAAUUUUGUUCACGAGUCACUUGCAGGUGACUGGUGUUCAAUGUCAACUUAUAACACAAUUUAUACUACAGAAGGGGAGAGAGAUUUCUUUUUGUUUCUCACUGCACUGCUUCUUUCAUUGCACGUUUGGCCUAUUUUUUUUUUUGCUAUAUCUGUAUGUAACGAUAUGAAGUGAAUCUUGACUUCCUGUGGUACGCUUGUGAUUCUGGUAGUAUGCUUUCGAAAUGAUAUAUCUGCUAUUGUGGCUAUGGUCGUCUAUGCUUCUUCACUGUGAGAUUGCAUGUGCAGGUGAAUCUCUCUCUAACAGCAGCACGUGCACGUCUGAACAAGAUGAAAGAAGAAAGGGACCAAUUUGAUGAAGCAAGCAAUCAGAUUGUCACGCACUUUAAGUCAAAGGUGUACUGCCUUACCUGGAAUAAUACAUGGAAAAAGGAAAUGAAAAUUCUGAGAUUUUAGUUGUUUGAUUAAAACAUUAAUUCUGUCGUAUCCUUUUCUUUUCUCUUCUGCUGUUAGGAGGAUGAACUUUCAAGAUCCAUAGCUUCAUGUAAAGUAGAAGCAGAGGUUGUUCAAACCUGGAUCAAUUUUUUGGAAGAUACCUGGACUCUCCAGUCGUCUUACAGUGAACAGAAGGAUAAGCAGAUCAAGUACCCUAUUUUUUUCCUCUUUUCUAUUAAAAAAACCAGUGAUGCUCUUUUUGUCUAUGACAAUCUUUAAAGCCAUGACAGCGAUUUCCAAUCAUUUUAACUUGUUUUUCCGUUUAAUGCAAAUCAAUUGAAUUUCUUUUUGUCUGCUUGUCUGUUUUUCUCCAUACUGCAGUGACGAGCUAGAGAAAUACGGACAUUAUUUCGUGCAGCUGGUGGGCCGUUAUCUUUUGACAUUCAAGGUACUGUUUAGAAUGAAUUGGCCGAAAAUUUAGAUUUUUUGAAUGUUAGUCUAUUAAAGAUUGUCAUGGAUAAGUGUCUCAUUCCCAUUUUCAUUGUACUUUCAUUAUUUAUAUAGGAAGAACUAGAUUCUUCAUUCAUUCGUAUCAAGAUUCUAGUGGAUAAUCUGAAGAAUUUUAGUGAAAGGUAUGGUCAUUUUUUGCUCUAUGUGUUAAGUACAGUAGAGGUUUUUGACUACUUUUUCGUUGACCGAAGAUCUUGUUUCACACUUGCUUUCCAGGUCAGAAACACCGCUUGGUGAGGACGGUAAAUUACCAAAAGAUUCAGACCCAAGAAAGCUUCUUGAGGAUGAAUACUUAGAAACCGAGGAAAAGGUCAAUAGAGUUUCUCUAUUUUGCUUUAGUAUUGUUAUUUUCGCGUGUUUCUCUUGCAAUUCCCCCCCUCCCACAUUUAGGCUUUCUGAAAAUGUGGAUUACAAAAGGUUGGAUAACAGGUCAAUGCCCCCUCUUCCUGGUGUUUGGGAACAUCGAAUCCAGAAUCAUAAGUCAUUUUUGUGUUUGCAAAUCGAAAUUAUCAAUCAUGAAUCUGGAUAUCUUUUUGGAAGGUGUUUUUCUUUCGGAGAAUAUAAGGUAAAACGUAAUGGAGUUUCCCUGGUCAGAGAUGGAUGUUAUUACCAUGAAUUGAGGCACUGAGUAGCUGAAAUUUUGGAUUUGAGAGCUAUACUGGAAUAUUCCACUUUGCGUUCUGAGGAAGGAAGUUAGAAAUUUAGCUUGAACUGACUAGAAUUGGAGUUAACUGUUGUUGGAUAAUUGAGUAAGGUUUUAAAUCUUAUUGUCAAUGGAUACUUCAAUAUUUCUUCUCAUGAACUGAGAUGGCAUUCUAUUAAUUACAAAAAAGGCUGUUAAGAUAGUUUUAGCCUAAAUUAACAAUAAUGCUCGGAUGGUUUCGAGUAUCAGUUUUUCAUUAAACUGAACCAAUUUGAUGGAAAGGUUUGAGCACACGAAGUAUCAUAUGGAAUGACUUCAUCCUAUAGAAAAAUAUGUAGCUAGUCCUUGAUAAUGGCAGAUGUGUCUUUUAACCCUGCUUCCAUAUUGAUUCUUACUUGUGAAUAAUCUGAGAAACUUUUCCUCUUGCUUUCAAUUAUAUAAAUUGAAGUACAUUGAGUAUAGUAAUCAACAAAGCUCAAAAGAUAAUUCACUAUUAUCCAUAACUUGGUUUGGAGACGAUCAUAAUACAAAAAUCAACAUGACUAUGAUGGAGGGAAUGAAGUACGGCAAUGCUUUGGAUUUUGGCGGGCGUACUUUUUAAGAUUUUCCAGAUUGGUUUUAUUGAACUUAGAUGGAAACAAAAGAUUUAUAGAUUUACACAUCAUCUGCAUCAUCGCCUAGAUUUAAGAUAUCACAAAGAAGAAAGUCAAACUACUAAUAGAAAGUAAGUUCACGUAGAAUAUAUGGAUACUUCUUCUUGUUUGAAAACCAAGGAGAAGUGGCUGGGUGAGUUGUGACUCUUAAGUGCUAUCUUCGUAGCACCUGACUGCACCUGACUGCACCUGACUUAGUUGGUGGAAUGAUCAUGGUUAAUAAAUAUAAUUUUUUUUAAGACAAGUAGUGCUAAUGAGUAGCUUUUUCAGCGAUGUGUAUCCCGUGCUAAAAGAAGAAGCAGUAGGCCCUGCCAUGGGUGUCCCAUGUGCUUGUCACUUGUCUGGCAUUGGUCCCCUUCAUUGAAUUUAUCAAGCUUCCUUUUAGUGUCCGGUUUGUCCCGUUGUGAUUUUCUCUGCCAUAACGAGUGUAUUUUACAUUUUUUUUUCUCUUUUCUUAUUCUUUAUUGUUCCAUUUUCUUCUAGAUUAAAGAUAGGGACACGACAUGUUCUUUACAAGCCGGAUGACUUCUUGACCCCAUUAAGUCAAACCCUUGUAAGCAGUAUGUCCUCUUCACCAGAGAUCCUAGGAGGAUGGGUCAUCCAUACCAAGGAUUUGACUCCUAGGAACGCCAAAUUCUCAUCUUGAUCUUGCCAAAAAAAGGCUGCUAAACUCCUCAUCCCACUUUUAGUUUGUCGGGCUCUGUGAUCACAAGAAGAUUCUCAUAUCUCAAUUGAUGAAUCUCCUCGGUCCAUUGUUAGGCUCUGGAUGCAUCUUCCCCCUUAGCAUACGUCUCUCUUGGUCUUCUCUCUACAUGCAUGUUAUCACCGUAUGGCCAUCAUUGAUGGUAGCGGAUCAAAGUUCUGCCGAGGAAAUCAAAAUAGUGUGGAUAUUCUGCUUGUGUUAUGUCGGCACUCUUUCUUCCAUUUUGGGAAAUCUGGCCAUUUUUCAUUGAAAGCGCAGACCUUACAGAGGAGGGCUUGACACUGUUGUUGCAGAUCAUUACUGCCUUCAGUGUUGUGGACAACAUGAAAGAGCUGUUCUACACUGAGCAAGCGAACACUUCCAGGUGAAGCUCCUUUAGAAUCUUAAAGCGUGGGAAUGCUUCUGUUGCCGCCAUGAUACGCAUUCUGAUUUGAAACUGUGCGAUGCAGAGGAGAUGACAACCGGGUCAGAGAGCUCUUCGACGAGAUUGAGAGCGUGAGAGCUGAAUUCGAGUCCAUCGCAAGACCAACCCUCAUCCGUGAGGCAUCAUCACCUGCAGGGGAGAUGACUUCCUCUGGGGAGAAAUCUGAGAAUCAUCAAACCCACCUCCCGCAAACCGUUGCCUCACCCAAAUCGAAGCAUCCCGAGUCGCCAAAACCGGGAGCAGGUCCAGCGGAGCAGCUGGACCCAGAAGCAGAGCUUGCAAAGCUGGAGUCCGAGUUCGGAAAGGUCACCAGAGACUUCUCUGCGGAGGAGAUCGGAGGAUGGGAAUUCGACGAACUCGAACAGGAACUGAAAUCCGGGGAGCCCGGUGGAAGUAAGUGA